GUUGUCAAUGUCAUAAUUGCAACUUGCUCUUGCACGGCGCUCAGUAGCAGGCAGCAUUUUCAAGUUUUUUUUAGAUCAUUUUAAAUUAAAACUAUAAUCUAUUAAAUAAUUGAUCACAAUGUCUAGUAAUAUAAAUCCUUUAGCGGGGACUGCGCAUUUGCUGGAUGAGUUAGACAAGAAACUGAUGGUGCUGCUGCGGGAUGGGAGGACUUUGAUUGGAUACCUUCGCUGCGUGGAUCAAUUUGCCAACUUAGUUCUUCACAAGACAAUAGAAAGAAUUCAUGUCGGCAGAGAGUACGGCGACAUUCCCCGAGGCAUAUUUAUUGUAAGAGGAGAAAAUGUAGUACUCCUCGGUGAAAUCGACAAGGACAAAGAAGACAAUUUACCAUUGACAGAAGUAUCCGUAGAUGAUAUUCUUGAUGCACAAAGACGAGAACAAGAUGGAAAGAUUGAGCAACAGAAGUUACUUUCAAAGGCUUUGAAAGAAAGAGGACUCAAUUUAUUAGCUGAAAUGGGACAUGAUGAUAUGUUUUAAUUGUCCCUUCUAGCUUAAAUCUCUAUAAUGUAAGACUGUGAUUAUGAAUAAACUCUAUUAUAUCAUU